UGGGUAAAAUUUCGAUCAAAUCGUGGUACUAUCUCGGUUUUUCUUUGGAGAGUGCGGUUGAUCAAGUCCCGUGCGUACAUUGAGUGAUAUUAGUUCGGGAUAAAUAAAAAUCAGUAGUAGUAUAGUGUCGAGUUUAUUCUUAAUUAACAUGGCAUCGAAUCCUUCAGUUUAUUCACUAACUCAGCAGUUUAUUAUUAUGCCCAACCACGUUUUCGAUCCACAUGUUCUCGUCAGGGCGUUACGUGCAACCGUUCGCUAAAUAUUCAGCAUAGAGCCUGGCGAUUUUAUACUUCAGAACAUCAUCAGUCAACGACUUCAAGAACGUUCUACGGCGAUGCUACUCGAAACUUAGCACAAGGGAAAUCUAGUCGUAUAAAAUAGUGACAUACGAUGAGUGAUAAGCAGGCUGCUCCUAGUCUACCGCCCCUUGUCGGGGGCGGCGGAAAUAAUGGAGGUGCAACCCAGCAAACUGUUCGACUACAGCAGGUUCUCACAACCGCUCAAGGUCUCAAUGUGCUUACAACAGGAAGUGGACAACAGUUUGUCAUUACUUCACAGGUUCCUGGCCUUGCACAGGUCAUACCUGGCAGCAUCACAACAAACGCUGGUAUUCAGCAAGUUGGUGUAACAAGAAUUGUCAAUAUUAGUGGUAAUUCACCGAGAGUCAGCGUUGUUAGUGUUGCGGGUGCAAGUAAUUCACCUCUGCCUUCCCCAACGCGGCAAAGUCCUGCCAAAGUUGUGUUAUCUACAUCCCCGAAGCAGAUAAGAACAGCUCUAGGGAAUGUGUUUGUCACGCCAUCUGCGCAGACAGCAAUACAGUCUCCUCCAGCUAGAAAGAGGCUUAGACUCUCAGAGUCGACUGAGAAAAUAACUACGAUCGACGAUUCCUUGGGAUACAGAAGACGUAUCAUGGAUCACAAAAUGAAACGGAUGCGUGCUAUCAGAGAAAAGUAUGCAGAAAAUGCAUCUGAGCUAUUCUUCCUUCACGUUGGUGGGAAUAUGAUGGACUUCCAAAACUGGAGGAAAAGACCAACGACUCCACAGUAUUUGCAUUUUUUGAGACAGCAUAGGCUCGAUCCAGAAGAUGAUGAUGAAGAUCUAACUGUUCCAUCGCCAGCUAUUUCUGAUGUAUCAACAACUUCCGCCAGUCUCACAACCACGAUUACCGUUGCACCCAGCAGUCUGGGUACCGAAGUUAAAAUUCCAGGUGCGGGUGUUACUCCCGUUGCCGUUUCAACUACCUUACCUGCAGCAGUUGCUCAACUUAGUCAACAAGGAGGUACUCCUAUACUUCCAGAUCCACCAAAACCACUGUCAGUUACAGUGUCGAGUCCUGUUGCCGAAAGAAUUCCAGCAGCUAGCACUUCGACCAAACCAGCAAAACCACCACCAAAUCUUGUUGCUUCUCAGCCAGUAGUCAAGCUUGUCAAACUACCGUCGUCCACAGUAGUUUCUUCCAGUGAUGCUGCCAACAAUCAGGAACAAAUUGUAGAAAAAGCUAAACAAGAAGCUUAUGUCAUGCAAAGGAUCUCGGAAUUGCAGCGGGAAGGAUUGUGGUCAGAACGCAGAUUACCAAAAGUACAAGAACCAUCGAGAACGAAAGCUCAUUGGGAUUAUCUUUUGGAAGAAAUGGUUUGGCUAGCAGCAGAUUUUGCGCAGGAACGAAAGUGGAAGAAGGCUGCAGCUAAAAAGUGUGCCAGAAUGGUGCAGAAACACUUUCAGGAGAAAGCUGUCCAAGCACAGAAAGCAGAGAAAUCGCAUGAACUUCGACUGAAAAAAAUUGCCAGUUUUGUUGCCAAGGAAAUAAAAACAUUUUGGACGAAUGUUGAAAAGCUGGUUGAGUACAAACAACAAACUAGACUAGAAGAAAAAAGAAAAAAGGCUUUAGACCAGCAUUUAAAUUUCAUUGUUGGCCAGACUGAAAAAUAUUCCACCUGGCUCACUGAAGGUCUUAAUAAAACUGACAGUGUUCCAAGUGUUUCUGCCUCCAUGAAUAGUUCCAGGAUAUCGUCUCCCGUUGCAAGUGGCAAACAUCAUUCGGAUGAUGAAUUUGAACCGAAUCAAAGUUCAGAUGAUGAUGAGGAAACUAUUGCCAAAGCUGAAGAAGAAAUGAGGUCAACAACGAACCACGUGGAGGAAGUAGAAUUGUUGAAACGGGAGUCUGAACUUCCUUUAGAGGAUCUGUUGAAAGAAUUACCUCCCAACUACCUUGAGGAAAGAGAUAGAAGCUUGUCACCUGAGCUUGAUGAAUCAGUUGAUAAUCACGGUGCAGACAGGGACGAAGAAUUUGUUGCUGCAUCGGACGAAUCCUCGGAUGACGAGGACACUAUAAUGGAACAAGAAAAACUUGAACUUAAUCAAGAUCACAAGCAGGAAUUAAAUGAUCUCAAGGCUGAAAAUGAAAUGUCCAUUGAUGAUCUCAUGGCCAAAUAUGGACAUUUACCAGAUAUGGCAAUGGACGUUGACGAGGAAACUGAUAAAGAGUCCUGCAAAGAUUCUGUUAAAGAUGAGGAUGAUGAUAAAGAGAAUGAAGAUAGCGAGAUUGAAAGUGAAAGUGAAGACGAGACCAAAGAUGAAGAUUCGCAAACUCAGAGUGAUGAUGAAACAAAUGUUGGCCUCAAAUCUUUGUUGGAAGAUUUGACUGUUGAAAAAUCUCCGACCGAUAAGAGUGCCAUUGAAUCUGAGAAUCAAUCGGAUCAAGCAAGAAAUGAAAUGGACGACGUUGCAGCUUUGGCUGAAAGUAUACAACCCAAGGGAAAUACACUACUGACAACUAGCGUUGUAACAAAAAUUCCAUUUCUCCUGAAACAUUCAUUGAGAGAAUAUCAACACAUCGGUCUUGACUGGUUGGUCACCAUGUUUGAGAGAAAGCUGAAUGGUAUACUCGCGGACGAGAUGGGCCUUGGGAAAACAAUUCAAACAAUUGCUCUCUUGGCACAUCUGGCAUGUGAAAAAGGCAACUGGGGACCACAUCUUAUCAUAGUCCCUACAUCAGUAAUGUUGAACUGGGAAAUGGAGUGCAAAAAAUGGUGCCCUGGGUUCAAAAUUUUAACAUACUAUGGCACACAGAAGGAACGAAAGCAAAAAAGAACAGGAUGGACAAAACCAAACGCCUUUCACAUAUGCAUUACCUCUUACAAAUUAGUCAUUCAAGACCAUCAAAGCUUUCGGCGAAAAAAGUGGAAAUAUCUUAUUUUGGACGAAGCUCAAAAUAUAAAGAAUUUCAAGUCUCAAAGGUGGCAGCUGUUAUUGAACUUUCAAACCCAACGUCGGCUGCUACUAACAGGAACUCCUCUCCAGAAUAAUCUAAUGGAACUGUGGUCAUUGAUGCAUUUUUUAAUGCCGAAUGUAUUUCAGUCUCAUAGAGAAUUCAAAGAAUGGUUCAGCAACCCUGUUACUGGAAUGAUUGAAGGGAAUAGCGAAUACAACGAAAAUAUCAUCCGACGUCUUCACAAGGUUCUCAGACCAUUUCUCUUGAGGAGACUGAAAACCGAAGUGGAGAAACAGUUACCUAAAAAAUAUGAACACGUUGUAAUGUGUCGGUUAUCCAAGCGGCAGAGAUACCUCUAUGACGACUUCAUGUCUCGCGCCAAAACGAGAGAAACCUUAGCCAGUGGUAACUUGUUGAGUGUUAUCAACGUACUGAUGCAACUAAGAAAAGUGUGUAAUCAUCCAAAUCUAUUUGAAGUUCGGCCUACCGUUUCUCCUUUUCAAAUGGAAGGAAUCGAUUUCGUGACUGCGUCACUUGCCUGGAGUGCUCUAGAUUACAACCCCUUUGAGCAUAUUGAUCUAUCUUGCCUAAAUCUCAUUUUGGUCGAUUUGGAACUUACGCUAACAGCGUUCGUCGCGCACAGAGUGAAACAGUUCAAAACCCCACGAAAGUUAAUAGAAGAAAUAGAUAGUCAACCUGAUCCACCUCCUAAAUGUCCAGCUGGGAAAAUCAAAAUCAAUGUUAGGUUAUCCAACCAGAGCAAAGCAUCACCCCCACCACAACCAUCAGCCAAACUGAAAAAUGUAACCGGAAUUGUACCUUCCCCUAAAGCGGGAACAUCUCCACUAAUCAAAGGCUUGAAUAACCAAGCCCCUUCUGGACAAGCAGUGACUUUGAGAGUGGCUAACAGACAACAUUUGCAGGGAUACUCAGUUCAGUUGGUUCAACAUCAGGGUAGUGUGAAAGCCAUUCCAGUUGCGACAUUGGCUCAUACCCCGCAGACUACCACGGUUUCCACACCAACUACAGCAACUAUGAAUCCGCAACGGAUAACCGUUGGAAGCCCCAACAUGAAAGAAGGUCUUCAAAGACUGACGACGCAAACUGUUACCGUUAAACAAGGUGAUUCUGUUCAGAGAAUAGCUGUACCUAGCUUUGCUCAGCUUGUCCAAACAUCUUCUGGUAGGCAUAUUAUUCUGACAUCAAAUCAACAGAACACUAACACAGUUUCGUUUCCUGUAAUGACGUCAGUUGGGAAGUGUUUGACAGUUUUAUCGAAAUCAUUAAUGGGGCUUACAACGUCCGUGACAACGGUAAAUAAAGUGAUGCCUGGGGUAGUUACGACAACAACUCCAGCGACCAGUGGGAGGCCAAUUAUGAGAGUCCCUCCUCUUAAUGUCACUACUUCCUUACCACAAGCUACACCUGGAACGCAACAACUGCAUCAGCAGCAGCUAAGAUACGGAAUUGUCACUAGGAACUCUCAAAAUGCAGCAGAUAAAGCCCAGGUUAAAGAACUGCCCAAGUCUGAAUUUUAUCUGCCACAAUUGGAAGAGGAACGUAGACAACGGAGGCAGGCAAAGCUUCAAACAAUUGCGAACCUAAAUGACAGGCGUUGUGCAGCCUGUCCGCUUUACGGUGAAGACCUUUUUGACGCCCUUAGAAUUGCAAAGCCAGUAAAAAACUGUUGUUGGCAUGGGGAGGGCUGGCUGCAAUGCAAGAGUGCGCAUCAAAAGACUCGUACAAGGCGCGAAUACUUCUCGAGCACCGAGGCUCUAGCUGAGGCUAUCAAAUCAACGGAAUUGAUAGUUGAACAACUUCAAGAGGUGUUUGAAAGGUUUGUGGUAUACGUUCCUGCCGUACAAGCGCCCACUCCGAAGUUUCACGUUUCACAUCCUCCGCCCCACAAACUGUGGGCUCAACAGAGAUUACAGAUAGAAUUACAACAUGAACUAUCUCCGAAAUUCACUCUAUUUCAUCCGGUGUCUAGUGCCAUGUCUACACAAUUUCCGGAUCCCCGGCUGAUACAAUAUGAUUGCGGGAAAUUGCAGGCACUAGAUAGACUGCUGCGCCAACUUAAAACUGGAAACCAUAGAGUUCUAAUUUUCACCCAAAUGACAAGAAUGCUCGAUGUACUAGAAGCUUUUCUCAAUUUCCAUGGACAUAUCUACCUACGACUCGACGGUGCAACUAAAGUCGAUCAAAGACAAGUUUUGAUGGAACGAUUCAACGGAGACAAACGGAUAUUCUGCUUUAUACUUUCCACGAGAUCUGGUGGUGUGGGUGUCAAUUUGACAGGUGCUGACACUGUGAUAUUCUACGACAGUGAUUGGAAUCCUACAAUGGAUGCUCAAGCUCAAGAUAGAUGUCACAGGAUAGGACAGACCAGAGAUGUUCAUAUCUACAGGUUGGUCAGUGAAAAGACUGUAGAAGAGAAUAUUCUUAAAAAGGCUAAUCAGAAAAGGUUGCUUGGAGAUCUCGCGAUUGAAGGCGGAAACUUUACAACAGCUUACUUUAAGAGUUCGACGAUUCAAGAUCUAUUUAACGUUGAUCAAGCUGAGAAUGAUGCUUCAACUCGCAUGGCUGAGGUAUUAGAUCGCAGUAGAGACCGGGAGAAAAUUAUGCACAAAGAUCACCCCUCCGCUGCUAUUCAACCGCCCACUCAACCUUUGGAAGAAAAAGCUGCAAUGGGUGCAUUGGAAAACGCUCUUGCUGCUGCAGAAGAAGAUCUGGAUGUCCAAGCCGCUAGGACUGCCAAGGCAGAGGCUGUUGCUGAUCUAGCCGAAUUUGACGAAAAUAUUCCAUUAGAUGAUGUCGAAAAAGAAGACACUCAAGUCAGUAAAGCUGAACAAGAGGUUCAACACUUGGUACAACAGUUAUCGCCGAUAGAACGGUACGCGAUGAAGUUUGUAGAAGAGUCGGAAGGUAGUUUUUCGGCUGCGCAACUCGCGGCAGCUGAGCGAGAAUUAGAACAACAGAAAAAAGAAUGGGAAUUGGAUCGAUUGAGAGCAUUGCGAGAGGAGGAGGAAAGACGCAUGCGAUUAGCUGACGACGACGAGAAGCCUCUAACCUUUGGACGCGAGGAUGCUCAAAAUCAGGUUAAUAACACUAGUAAUUCUAAGAAACUAGUUAAUAAGAAAACUCCACCGAGUAGGCGAAGCACACGUACAAGCAGUCACAGUGUUCGCGAGUCAUCUGAAAGUGAAACCGAAACUACUACGUCAGAGUCUGAGUCUCAGGAAGACCAAGUAGAAGAUAGUCCUGAUGAGGAGUCGAGUCACACAGAGAGUCAGAGUCAGGAGGAUGAUGAUGAGGAGGAGAACGAUGAUGAGGAGGACAGGGGUAGACAAAAUAACUCGAAAAGUAGCAGUCCUUCUAAGAACAGAAAUAAAUCUAAUAGGUCGACCGAUAAGAGUCAGUGGGACUUAAACAGUCCGCGCACGAGAUCUAGGGGGGAUGUUAAGAUAAAUCUUUGGACUUUGGAUGUUAGACCCAUUCUUCCCGGGCUUCGGCCUGUAAAUGCGCCUAGUUCCGGGGGUUCUCGCAAAAAACGUGUAAAACCAAAAUCAGAUGAAAUGUUCAUGCCGCCGCCGCGUCCAGAUACUGUACCGAAAAAAAUCGUUAAUACGCCUUCGAGCCCGAUUCAUUCAAAUCUAGAGACCAGGGGAAAAACUAAUCAAGACAAAAAAUUUGGAAAUUGCGAAACUCCUCUCGAUGAGGCACUUUUGACCAAAGUCAAUGAUAGCACUGGUUCAAGUAACGUUAAGAAAAUAUCACCAAAAACUAACCCCGUAGAGGCAACCUUAAUUUUUGAUAUCAAGUCUAAUUCCUUAUCUGAGAACACUUGUUCCACAAAUGAGAACGUUGUAUCAACGCGAACCGACGUCGACAUUGUUUCCGAGUUAGAUGAGGACAAUGUUAAAAGCAGUUUAGAUCCAAUCGUUGAAAUACAAAGGGUUGACGCGGUUUUGCCCUCGAUAGUACCGUCAGAUUCUGUUGUCAAUGAUGUUGGCGAAACCAUCGAAUCGGAAAGUGGGUUUAUUAGUGCAGAUUCUCGAGAUACCGACACAGUUUCAUCUGUCACAACAAAAGUAUGUGCAUCUGAUUUAAACACAUCUUUGAGCCGAUCCAAUGCAGAAGAAUAUACAGAAACGAGUGACGAGCCAAAUAGUCAUGUAGAUUCGGAAUUCAAAGAAGCUCAGAACUCAAAAUUGGCAACACCUGUGAAAAAUUGUAGUUCAUCUCCAAACGAGUUUAAACUAAAUCGGCAUGAAGAUGAACUACCUAUUAGCAAGUCCGGAGCUCCUUUACCAAUAGGUACGGAAAUUGUAGGGACAAAUUCCGAUUCUGAAACCGACAAUUCGACGCAAUCAAAUAAAGUAACUGAAACAUUAGAUUCUGACGCUGAUUCAAGUGCAAUCCAAACUGUCAAGUCCAAAACACGUUCUUCGAGACCCAUUACGAGCGUACAAAAUUUUAGAUCUUUUUCCCCAGCACCUGUAACUAGAUCCAGGUGCUUACCUCGAACCGGUAUUGAUCUAAUUAAACCAUCAGAAGCUAAAAGUAGAUCAUCCAGCCCUGCUGUUUCAGACAAGAAGGCAAUAUCUGAUUUGUCGUCACAAAAAUCCACUUUAACUUCGCCUAUGCCUGUUACCCGGUCUGCCAAUAAGUCGGCUAUUGACUCAUGCAAAAUUCCAAAUUCAGUUGGUCGAGAAGCAGAUGAUAUAAAACCCUUGAAUGAAUUGCACCAAGUAUCUGAUCGUGAUUCUCAAAUUGACAAAUUUGCUAUUUCCGGUUCCCUGCCUACGAGUCCCAAGCCAAAUAUAAACUCAGUUCCUAAAUCGCGAGGGGUACGACCAGAUACUCCCUUUCCCGGAGUAACAACCAGAAACAAAAGGUUGACUCUGAUCGGUAAUUCCAACAUCCCAUGUCCACCUUUAAACGAAAGUAUUCAAAGUCCAAAUACCCUGACUCCUCCGACGAGUAUCAAACGAGUAACAAGAUCAGGUGCUAGCCAAUCGAGUGAUUCCAAUAUAAAUACAAAUUCACAGACUAGUAAAUUCGUUUUAAAGCUUGGACGGUUACAGAGACCGGAUACUCCUUUCCCAGUUGUCUCGGAUUUUAGCCGGGUUACGAGAUCGGGUAUUAGCCGACCUAUCACUCCCUUGCCUCAAAAGUCUCAAAAACUAGCUAGAGGGACUUCGCUACAAACUUCGAAACUCCCCAAUGACCCAACUUCAAGUACGGAUCAAACUAAUCAAAGUACGAAGUUGAUUCCAUGUGCGAAUUCAAGUUCUAAAUCUAUCGCUUCAUCCAGUAGAGAGCCGAGUAGAUUUUCGACGCGUAGCACGAUUCAAAAAUCAGAUGGCGACUUUCAGGUGCCCUCGCCAGUGACUCGGAAAAGUAGAUCCGUCCCAUCAACGAAACCGAUAUCUGAUACAAAUGCCAUGCCAAGCCCUUUGUCAACACGGUCCACUCGUAGGCUCUCAGCAAAUUUAAAUGUUGAGGGGAAAUUUCUUGCCCGACAACGUAGGCCUGAUACCCCUUUGCCAAUUUCUGUUCGGUCAUCCCGCGUUACUCGAUCAACGUCUAAUUUAGAUUCCGUGCCUCAAAUCGGUGGUUACACACCUCAAAAUUUUUCCCGAGUAAGAACUGCCAGCAAGUCUAGCAUAGGCACCGGUGUAACAGACGAUACAAUAGUGGACCAUAGUUCGAAUAUAUCAUCUCUACAAUCGGCAGAAAUUAUGGAUACCAUCCUAAAUUCAGAACCCAGUUCGAGUACCCAAACAGUACGAUCCCUGUCCCCGAGAUUGAAAGCUAAGCUUAGUAGAAAAUUUUCUAUCACGCCAGCUACCAAAGAGGUCUCUCCUUUGGAUUCCCGAAUUUCCAAUACGGACUCAAACGCGAAUGCUGUUGAUUCUCCACUUAAAAUUGAAUACCCUAACUCAAAUUCCAGUCUCACGGAAUCUCAGACAUCCAGCAAGGUCUUAAAGAAGUCAAUUCCUUCGACAGUAAAACCUGACUCGACUACCAAAAUAUUGGAACACAUUACUCUGAAUUCCCAAACAGACACAAAUCAUGAUUCGUAUUUCACAUCUUCAAAGCGAGAAAUUAGCGAGCUAACGGACAAUGGUGCAAGUAACAUUACGGAAUUGUCUAGAAAAAACAGAGCACAACUAGGAUCUAAGUUUAAACUCUCUAUCAAAAGUUCUAGUUCUCGACCAAACCAAGUGGACUCUAAUCUAUCGACUGAUGAAAGUCAACACCCAAACGCGCGUAACUGCGAGCCUCCAGUUUUACAAAAUUUGAAUACUUACUCUAACUCUUAUACACCAAAAUCUUUUGUACGUGUGGGUAAAAUAGAAAAUUCCAGAGUAAGCGGAAGUGAAAUCAGUAUUAAGUCUACGAUGCUGCAAAGUUCUGACUCUAAUCCAAAUAAUAGUUCGGAUAAAUUUUUGCGGGGUGACGAGACAAGUGUCGAUUCGAAGCGCGUUGAUCGAUGUAAAAAUGUUCCCAGACGCGCUGAUCCUGAUUGCGACAAGCCCGUGCAGGAUUCUAGCCCUAGAAAUGACGAAAGACAAUCAUUGGCCCCUCCGGAUUCUACCGUAGUUACAUACAUUGAUUUAGAUACCGAACCCGAAUAUAGGCCUCCGCCGAAAAAAUAUAGGAAUAAAAAGCGACGAACACGCGUUGGGUCUUUGACUAAACCUACGAUAACUGACAAACCGGGUAACAUCGAGAUUGUCGAAAUCAUAGAAGACGUAGACCGAAGCCAGGCUCGUUUCACAAAAAAAGCAGCUCAUUUAAAGUCCUCCGCUUCCUCAGAGAAAUCUAACAAUGGCCCAGUGUCCUGAGUUGCGCUAAAGCUUUAUCACAUUGGUAUAUUAGUUAACGUCACUGUAUAAAUAUCGACGUCUUGAAAUCAUACGCAUAUUAAGCCAUGCGUUGACUGGACGCUAAUUUCGUAUUUUCUUUUCUUUUUUUUUUUUUUUUUUGUUGUUUCUUCGUCUAUUCUGUUUAGUUUUCAUUUUCAACGAGCGUGUAAAUAUUCACAAAACGAAGCUAUGAAGUUUAAAUUUCGUUUGUACUGGGUACAAUUGUAAUGUUUUUAGAUUUAUAACGCUAUCAAGUGUCUCGCGUAAAUGCACGUAUUCUGUAAAUGCUUAGGUACAUAAGUCAUGUUUCAUAUAAACGAUGAGCAAGCGGAUCAAGCCCUUGACUGUAUUAUACUAGUAUACUUAGAAAUCCUUGAUAUGUUGUAGGCUACAACAGUCUAGAAUAAUGUAAUAAGCGUUAGUUUGGGUACUUUGGUUCGGAGCAGUGGCGGGGAAUCCUCUUAAAAACCUUUGAACAUGCCACGCGGUGAUGCGAUUUUUCGUCACCUUAUUUAACAAAGUAUUGACAACGUAAUAUCGUAAGCUCGAUAAAAUCUGUUUGAAUUGAAGCCCUACUGUAAUAUUAGCGAUAAGUCGUAUGCCUGUAUUUUGUAUGACCGAGUGAGUCUGAGAAAGAAAAUAAACAAGAUAUUCCUUGCUAUGAAAA